ACCGGAGUCAGUUCAGUACUCCAGCCGGAAUGUAGAUUGCUUCGGAGAGUACGGAGUAACUCGAGGUGACGCCGGAAAGGCCACAAAACAUGGUGGCUUUCAAACACAGCUUCCAACGUUUCUUCCUCUUCUCUUUCUUUGGUGUCACAACACUGCCUCCGUACCUAAGGUUUCUAGUUAGUAUGUCUCGAGGUGGAGGCUCACCUAGUGUCCAUUCAGAUGCCUCGUGUUAUGGGGUUCUCGUGCGAACCCACAGGAUGAUGGUUUGGCCAAGGCCAGCACAGAGCACCUUAUAUAUCCUUUCCUAUCAUAUCGUUCGUUAUACCAUCUUGGUGGUAUACUUGGUGGUCGCUAUCAUACCGGUCGUCAUAUCGUUACUGCGGUAUACCUGACGGUAGAAUAUCAAGUGAGGCCGCAUAACUAACUAAUACAACUCGAUUUGUACUACUCGGCCUACAUUGCUAGGGGGAAGGGUGGCACGGCCUCAAUGCGGUGAACAAG